AUGACGUCCGCUCAGGCCGGCACCCAGAACCCAUCCUGUUCCAUCAUGACAUUCCGUCCAAGCGCGGAAGAAUUCGCCGAUUUCACCGGGUACAUUGCUUACAUGGAGUCCCAGGGCGCGCACCGGGCCGGGGUGGCCAAGGUGAUCCCCCCGAAGGGGUGGCGGGCGGCGCGGUCCUACGUGGGCAUCGACGGCCUGGUGAUCCCCACCCCGCUGCAGCAGAUGGUCUCUGGCAAGACCGGGGUGUUCACCCAGUACCACGAGCAGAAGCCAGCCAUGACGGUGGCGCAGUACCGCCGCCUGGCCCACAGCGAGAGCCACCGCACCCCGCCACACCGGGACUUCGAAGAUCUGGAGCGGAAAUACUGGAAGUACCGCACCUACGGUUCCCCGCCGGUGUAUGGCGCCGACGUGAGCGGCUCCCUGUUCAAUGCGCGCACCGAGGCGUGGAACCUCCGCCGCCUGGGCACCAUCCAGGACCUGCUGGAGCGGGAGGACGGGGUGGUGAUCGAGGGGGUGAACAGGCCCUACCUGUACUUCGGCAUGUGGAAGACCACUUUCCCUUGGCACACGGAGGACAUGGACCUGUACAGCAUCAACUACCUGCACUUCGGGGCCCCCAAGACCUGGUACGCGGUGCCCCCGGAGCAGGGCGCGCGCCUGGAGAGCCUGGCGCGAGAGCUCUUUCCGGGCAGCGCCCAGGGCUGCAGAGCCUUCCUGCGGCACAAGCUGGCCCUCAUCUCGCCCCACAUGCUCCACGUCAGUGGCAUCCCUUUCGGGCGAAUGACCCAGGAAGCCGGGGAGUUCAUGAUCACCUUCCCCUACGGGUACCACGCGGGCUUCAACCAUGGCUUCAACUGCGCCGAGGCCAUCAACUUCGCCACCCAGCGGUGGAUCGACUAUGGCAAAGCGGCCUUGCAGUGCAGCUGCGGCGAGGCCAGGGUCAGCUUCUCCAUGGAUGUCUUCGUGCGCAUCCUGCAGCCCGAGCAGUACGAGCAGUGGAAACGCCAGCAAGACCAGGAACUGGUGGACCAAGCGGGGAACCCGGAGCCCGCCAGGCUGGAGCUGACGCCUAGGCCCCAGCCGACAUCCGGGCAGAAGCCGACGCCCAGGCCUGACCCCCUGAUGCCCAGGACCGAGCCCAGGCCCGAGACCGAGCCGCCCAGGCCUGACCCCCUGAUGCCCAGGACCGAUCCCAGGCCCGGGACCAAGCCAACGCCUAGGCCUGGGUUGGUGCCCAGGCCAAUGCCAACAUCUAGGAGGAAAUCAAUGGCCAGGCUGGAGUUGAGGCCCAGGCCUAAGCCGAAAUCUAGGCAGAAACCGACGCCCAAGCCAGAGGUGACCCCCGGAAGGGAAGUGCGGGCUUAUGGAACAGCAGAAGAGAGUCUGAGCUCCUCUCCUAGGCGGGCGGAGGGCAGCAGGACUGGUCAAGAUGCAGCUCUGUGCUGGUCACCUUCCUCUGAGGCCUGCAGAAUGGCUCCACAAGCCCAGGUGGCUGCCAGAAGUUCACCCCAGCUCUUCCAGGCUCUCCCUGCCACCCUGAGGAGUCCUGCCACCUUCUCUGGCCCCUUCAUACUCUUGGAAAACAUAAGCAUCCAGAGGCCGCCCAACUGA